AUGCAGGCGACGGUUAAUGAGAUCAUCAGCGGUGAACUGGGCGAUAAUAAAUCUAAUCUGACGAAAAUUAAGGAGACGCUCGCGGCGCUUCAAACAAAACAGAAUGAUGGUGACGUGAAAGCAGGCGCACCUGGCGGCAAGUCAACCCUUGAAAAGAAAGCUGCGGAGCUUGAAUCACAAAUCGGCACGUUUCUGAGUAAGAACGUUGGCGACACAGACGAUAAAGCAGGCACUGUAUACAACGAUUUGAAGACGCUUCAAGAGAAUAUCAGGACACUUAGCACGAAGGUUGUAGCAGUUAGGACAAUGCAAGAAAGGUUGAAACGGAAAUUACCUCGUGCAUGGCUACCGACAAGCUGA